ACGUUGGAUGUUUUCGGGUAAAGAGCUGAGGAUGCUUUAACCCAGCGCCUCACCCCCUCCUCCAGCCCGCACACAUCACGUAGUCUGGAUUUCACUUUCCAUUUCAUACCCCUCCUCCCUCGUGCGCCCUCCCAUCCUGGAGUCUCCCCAUCGGUCCCAGCCCGCUGCGCUGGCACAUCCCUGCUGCACCCAGGUCCAGCUCCAGCCUCCCUCCACAACAACAGCGGAUGGUCGGAUUUCAGACACGUCUCGUGUCGAGGACGUUUAGUGGAGCCUGGCGGUAAUUUGUUUUUCUACUGACGGACGUUACUAUGAGGACAAAGCCUCCGGGUGAAGUGAGACAGACGCUGGAUUAAAGAAGGUGUAACACACAGGACUAGUCCACAAACAGUCUUCUAGCUGUCAGCAUGGCUGUGAACAUGAUGCCAGCUCCCACAAUUUGGCCAGGAGAGGAGCAACCGUCGCUGCUGGACCAGGAGGACUCUCUGUCUUGCCAAGCCCCUGUCUCCAUCCCAUGCCCACCCAUCAGAGGGGAGCAACUCAUCCACAGCAGCAGCCCGGCCAGCACACAACCCCCCCGCAGCAAAUCCAAAGGGGAGCUAGUCAUAGUCAUCAACGAGAAGCUGAAAAACAGUAACGGGAUCCACUCGGCGCCUGCAGAGAGCGCCUCCCCGGUCAUCGCCUCGCCGCCAAGAAGACAGCACUCCAUCUCGUACCCCCACCCUGGCAAGACCAGGAAGGGGAGCAGGGCGGGCUCCAUCAGCUACACCGCCUUCUCCCCCCGGCCUUCGCUGUCUCGCCACUCCAGCAUCGCCACCAACCCACCCCUGGACAGGACCAAGGUGAAAGACUACCUCCUGCUGUCGGUGCUGGCCUGCUUCUGCCCCGUGUGGCCCAUCAACAUCGUGGGCUUCGUCUACUCGAUCAUGUCCAAGAACAGUCUUGAGCAGGGAAACCUGGACGGCGCCGUGCGCCUGGGCCGCGUGGCCAAGAUGCUCUCCAUGGUGUCGCUAGUAGGAGGCACCGUCAUUAUCAUCGCGUGCAUUGUCAACCUCGCCAUAAAUGUGAAAACCUGAGUUUCAUCCCAGGAUGAAACUGGAUAAAGGCAACUGAUCGUCUGGCCCGCACCUGCACCACCAUCUUUACCGCCUUGUCUUUACCUGGAUGUGUGACAAAUAUGCACCCGAUAUUCAGUGCUUACUUACAUUUCUGUAAUCUAUAUAAAUCCCUUUUUGCUAAUCGAACAAAACAAAAUAUGCAAAGGCUGCUGCUUUGAGUCACUUAGAGGGGUUCUGUCCGUCGGAUGUAGGACGAAGAGGAGGAGCAGACAAACUAAUUAGCCCUUUUGAAUUCUGGUCAACACAUUCUUGAGAAAGACACACAAACCCUUCAAGAAUCCUAUUAUCACAAGCGAAACCGACUCGGACAUGGUGGACUAGAACAUAACACAGGACUGAUUUCCACCCAGCUUCAUGCAAGCAGCAAAAUGUCCUCCACUGGCAGGAUGCAUCAGAGUUUCAGCUUGCUGUUAAAUCCCCUCGGCUACAGGGAGAGGCUCUGGGAUUUAUGUAGCGGUGGAAUCACAGCAGAAAUUCAUCCAUUUCCCUCACAGAGAAGAAACAGUUUGUCCUCUUGUUCUGAUACUGUGCUCUUUGGCCGUCGAGGCCAUCCGGCUGUACAUCUCAUGAAUAUAAGAAGGGACUGUAUAGGUGGAGGAAGAGGCUUACCACGGAGUAGCUACGGGUGCUCCGCUGGAAGGGAUUAUGAAACGUCUCACCAGGCACAUUCAUUACUGCAAGGAAAAUAAUGUGCCAAAAGAAAAGACCCAACAGUCGAUGUGGAGAGGAACACGAGCAUACAGCACCAUUAAGCACUGUGAGCCAGAGGAAGGGUUAAAAAAAGACAAUGUAGCAGGAAAAAUUGUUCAUUUUACACUCAAACCUAUUAUAUGCCCUUUUUUAAUAUUUGUAAAAUGUGAUUUUGAAAGAGAAAAAGGUUUUUGGUGAGGUGAUGCUCUUAAAGUGCUGUGUCACAGUUGUCAGAUUGGUAGGAAGUUAUGCAUAAAGAGCCUCGUGAUUUGGUUAAACAACAGCUUCAGUCUGGAUCCACACGCUGGCUGUACUGAACCAAACAGACUGUGACAUUUUUGUCCCUAAGAUUCAAACACUUAAUUUUUACUCAUUUGUCAGAAAUGAACCAACUUGGAGUCAAAGUGCAGGAGAAGCUUUUGAUGGAGUAUAUGUAAAACACUGAAGCAGUUUAACCUUAAUUAACCUUUAUCUACCUGUGAUUCUCACUGUGAUCUGAUACCGGGUUCUCCUCUUCUUUCUGAAUCAUGUACAGAAACACCACAACUUUAUAAAUUAACAUUUGCAGACACAUUUCUGUAACGACUAAUGCUGGCAGAUUUUUUGUUGUUAAUAUGUAAGUUUUAAUUGUGAGAAACAAUUCAUGUAUUCUGCCGAUAUAAAUCUCAAUAUUGUGAUAUUCUCUAGUUGAGUUAGAAUUAGGUAGUUAUGAUCUGACAUAGACACAGAAACUGCUAGCUAGGCUCCUGGCAGUCGUAUCACCACCAGGCUUCUAUAAUCUUUGUGGUUAUUGGCAUGUUGUGGAUUUUUAUGGAUUUCAUGUAUAUUGAUAACAAUUGAAAACUAGAAAGAUCAGCUGGCACUUGGAAUAUUAAACGUCUGCAGCACAUUCAUAAUAAAGACAAUGCAUGUGA